UAGCAAGUGGAAUAUGGUUGUAUAAUAUACUGGCUUCUGCAUAGGAGAGAAAGGUUGAUAUUGGUAUUUUGCAAUAUACUGGUUGUAUAAGAUGCUUAUUUUAGUCAUCUUUAUUUAUAUUUGUUUUGAAUUUAGUGAUUUGGUAUUUUGAAUUGAUGAUGGUAUUAUGAUUUUUAGUCAUCUGUAUGUUCACUUUGAGUUGAUGAAUGUGUUAACUUUUGUUAUUGUUCUUCGUAUUCUUAAAACUUUUUGAUAUUGAAUUGAAAUAUAAAAAUUGGGUUCGGGUAUUAUGCCCAUAUUAUUAAACGGCUUUGGGGCGGGUAUGGGUUAUUGAAAUUAAAAUACUAAAUUGGAUUUGCAAAUUAUAUUUAUAAUCGGGUCAAGUUUGGGUACCGGUUAUCCUACCCAUUUACAUCCCUAGGCCUUUAGUCCUUCAUCCUCUCCUCCAUUUCCCACCUUCAUCCUUCACCCGCUUGAAUUCCUUCAAAAGCUCCUUUCUUGAAUUGCUUGAAUGUAAACAACUGAUAGAAGAUACCUGCCAUGUCGCUUGCUCGUGCUGCUGCUUUCAUGUUCUGUGAUCUCUGUGGGACAAUGCUAUCUUUGAAAACAACUGAAUAUGCUGAAUGUCCUUUAUGCAAAUUUAAGAAAAGUGCAAAAGAGGUAUGUGGAAAAGAAAUACGUUAUAAAGUCACUGCUGAGGAUAUGAGAAGGGAUCUGGGUAUUUCACAUUUUGGAGGAAAGAUGGAGGUGAAAGACAUGGAGAUAAACAAGAAAUGUGAAAAGUGCAGCAACACAAAGCUCAAAUUUUCCACCAGACAAAUGAGAUCAGCAGAUGAGGGCCAGACUACUUUCUACCACUGUCCUAGUUGUUUACAUACAUUUAGCGAGAAUUGAGUUUUCAUUUGAGAGCGUACAUGGUGUUGGAUAGUUUAGGCAAGGGUGCGUAAAUGAUCUUACUUAUAAUUUGAUUGGCUAAGGCUACUUUUCAAAAUUGUUACUCUUUUCAAGUCUUUUGUUCAAACAUUGAUGUUACUUAUAAUUUGAUUCGGCAAAAUAGAAUAACUAUUUCUAUAA